UGAUAACUACACCUUACAAAUCAACCCACUCUCAGGAUUAGCCAACGAACAUCACUUGCGCUACUUCAAGUUCAUUGGUCGCGUCGUUAGCAUGGCCGUUUACCAUGGCAAGCUGAUUGAUGGAUUUUUCAUCCGUCCGCUAUACAAGAUGAUGUUGGGCCGCAAAAUCAGCCUAGCUGACAUGGAGGCCGUAGACACUGAGUACUAUAAGAGCUUACGAUUCAUUCUUGAAGAAGACCCUGCCAGUCUCGAUUUGACAUUCUCAGUAGACGAAGAGCACUUCGGGGAGACCGUCACAGUUGAUCUUGUGCCAGAUGGGCGCAAGAUAUCUGUAACUAAUAUCAACAAGAGAGAGUACAUCGAAAAUAUGGUGCUGUUCUCAAUCCUACCUCUAGUGAGUUAG